ACUCUUAGUACUCUGCCUUUUUAAUUAGAUCAGCAAGUUGAGACAGCAGCUGCUGCCAGGAAGCUCCCUCCAUCCUGAACCCUGUGGUGUGGUGUGAUGUGAUGUUGUGUGGUGAGCCCCGAGCCCCCCUCUCUGUGGAGAUAAGGGUGUUCGCCUAGGACUUGGAAGACCUGUUCCCUGCUCUGCCACAAACUGCCUGUGUGACUGCAAAAUAGAGAUCAUAACACUUCUCUGCAUCAAAAAUUUGAUUGAUGCUGCAUGACCCCAACCACUCCAGGCUGAAGGGAGUGAAGAGUAGCAAGUGCAUGCGCUGUCCGAAGGAGGGAGUGGUGCGCUCCAGCAGGCCGGGAUAGCGUGGGUUCAUCAUCAUCUUCAGUGUCUGCAGGGAAGUGUUUGCAGCCACUGCCGUGAGUCUGUUGUGUCUCCUGCCUCCAUCUGUGCUGCCAUGUAGAGUGUGAGGCUACAUUAACAACAACGUGUUAACCGUUGAGGGUUCAGCCAAGUGCUAUUUCAUCAUUUAGCAGCAAGGCAUUCCCUGAGAAACAUCCCACGUGAUAUUGAUACGCUGCUUUAGGACAAGUUCAUGAGCAGAUCUGCAGACAAACCGCUGAUUAGUGACUGCAGGGAGAUUUGGGGAAAGGGAAGCUGCUGCUAACGUGAGUGAGCAAGAAACAGAAGGGGCUCAAGGAGCUGACAUAGGACCUUGUUCCAGUGACCCUGUGCAAGUCUGUUUUAAAUGUAAUGGUAAAAGGCUCGUUGUGAUUGUACUGUACAGUAUCACCUAGCAUCAUGAGUCAAAAACGCCGAGCAAGUCAUAGUGGAGUGCCUAGUAGUAGCAGUACCACUAGCAGUAAGAAAACCAGGAAAACCAUUAGUUUGGGUACUAAAUUAGAUGUUUUAAGGCAUUUUGAUGCAGGUGAGCGUGCGGUAGACAUUGCCAUCACUCUAGGUCUCACUCCGACCACUGUGAGAACAAUUCGGAGUAAUGCCGACAAGAUCAGAGCUAGUGCUCGGUGUGUAACACCGCUUAGUGCUACUAAAAUAAGUCGAUCAAGAAGUAGUUUGAUGGAAAACAUGGAGCGUCUUCUCUCAGUGUGGAUAGAGGACCAAAACCAGCGGAACAUACUUCUAAGUUUGCCUGUGAUACAAGCUAAGGCAAAAAGUUUGUAUGACAAAUUAAAGAGAGACCAAGGUGAAGGAUCACAGACAGAGAUGUUCAUGGCAAGUCGGGGAUGGUUUGAUCGGUUCAAGAGGCGCUUCCACCUGCAUAACAUGAAGAUGUCCGGUGAGGUGGCUAAUGCCGAUACUGCAGCAGCUAAAAAAUUCCCCGAGUAUCUCAAGAAAAUAAUUGAGGAAGGAGGCUAUUCACCUAAGCAAGUCUUUAAUGUCAAUGAAACGAGCCUCUACUGGAAGAGGAUGCCUGAACGGACUUACGUUUCCCGAGAGGAGAAGACAGCGCCUGGAUUUAAAGCAGCUAAAGACUGCCUAACCUUGCUUCUAGGUGGUAAUGCUGCCGGAGACAUGAAGAUGAAACCGCUGACAGUGUACCAAUUUGAAACACCACGAGCUCUCAAGGGAUAUUCAAAGGAAGACCUUCCAGUCAUUUGGAGAUCCAAUAAGAAGGCAUGGAUAACUGGAGCUAUUUUUUCAGAAUGGCUGACUCUCUAUGCCGUCCCUGCAUGGAAGGAAUACUGUGCCAACGAAAAUCUUGAUUUCAAGAUUUUAUUACUUAUUGAUAAUGCACCAGCUCAUCCAAUCAAUCUGGACGACCUGUGCGAAAACGUCAAAGUUGUCUUUCUGCCACCUAACACCACAUCACUCAUCCAACCCAUGGACCAAGGAGCCAUCGCUGCAUUUAAGGCAUAUUACUUACGCCGUAUUUUCGACCAGCUCAUCAGAGGCACUGAUGGAGAAGGCAAGCCUACGAUUCGGCAAUUUUGGCGUGACUACAACAUCCUCAAGUGCAUCAAUAACAUCGGUGAGUCCUGGGCUGAAGUUACUCAGGCAUGCAUGAAUGGUGUGUGGUGGAAGUUGUGGCCUGAAUGUGUCAAUGACGUAAAAGGAUUUAAAGAUGUUGUUCCUGCUAUGAAGAAAGAUAUUUUCAGCUUGGCCAAGAAAGCGGGUUUUGAUGAGGUGGAAGAAGCCGACGUUACACAACUUCUGCAGUCACAUGGAGAAGAGCUAACCAAUGAAGAUCUGAUGCAACUAGACAUGAUGAGAGCAAUGGAAGACGAGGACCAAGAAGUAAAAGAAGAACCAACCCAUCGAAAUUUGACUGCCAAACGUCUUUCUGAAGCUUUCCAAAUGAUUGAAGCUGGCUUGCAGAUCCUUAGUGAUGACGAUCCUGACAGGGAACGCAGCUCCAAAGUGAUUAGGGGAGUUGGUCAUCUAAUGACGUGCUAUAAAGAAAUUUACCAAGAAAAAAAAAGGAAAGCAAAACAACCAUCUCUAGAUACGUUUUUUCGAGUUGUGACGGUUAAGGAAGAACAGCAAGAGGAGCAGCUGGACGAGCUACCCUCUUCCACCUCUGACUCCACCACCUCAACCAAGCUUAACAAUCAUCAUUGCUGAUUGAUUGAUGCUGCAUGACCCCAACCACUCCAGGCUGAAGGGAGUGAAGAUUAGCACGUGCAUGCGCCGUCCGAAGGAGGGAGUGGUGUGCUCCAGCAGGCCGGGAUAGCGUGGGUUCAUCAUCACCUUCAGUUUCUGCAGGGAAGUGUUUGCAGCCACUGCCGUGAGUCUGUUGUGUCUCCUCGCUCCUGCCUCCAUCUGUGCUGCCUUGUAGAGUGUGAGGCUACAUUAACAACAACGUGUUAACCCUUGAGGGUUCAGCCAAGUGCUAUUUCAUCAUUUAGCAGUAAGGCAUUCCCUGAGAAAUAUCCCACCUGAUAUCAACACGGUUGAUUUAGGAGAAGUUCAUGAGUAUCCUCUGAUUAGUGACUGCAGGGAGAUUUGGGGAAAGGGAAGCUGCUGCUAACGUGCGUGAGCAAGAAACAGAAGGGGCUCAAGGAGCUGACAUAGGACAUUGUUCCAGUGACCCUGUGCAAGUCUGUUUUAAAUGUAAUGGUGGAGGGCUCAUUGUGAUUGUACUGUACAGUAUCACC